AAUAGGAUUAAAAGUAAGUUGGAUCAAGGAGGAGUGAUUCAAGAUUUUAUUAACGCCUUAGAUCAGCUCUCUAAUCCUGAACUGCUCUUUAAGGAUUGGAGCAAUGAUGUAAGAGCUGAACUAGCAAAAACCCCUGUAAAUAAAAAAAACAUUGAAAAAAUGUAUGAAAGAAUGUAUGCAGCGUUGGGUGACCCAAAAGCUCCAGGCCUGGGGGCCUUUAGAAGGAAGUUUAUUCAGACUUUUGGAAAAGAAUUUGAUAAACAUUUUGGGAAAGGAGGUUCUAAGCUACUGAGAAUGAAGCUCAGUGACUUCAAUGACAUUACCAACAUGCUACUUUUGAAAAUGAACAAAGACUCAAAACCCCCUGGGAAUCUGAAAGAAUGUUCGCCCUGGAUGAGUGACUUCAAAGUGGAGUUCCUGAGAAAUGAGCUGGAGAUUCCUGGUCAAUAUGACGGUAGGGGAAAGCCGUUGCCAGAGUACCACGUGCGAAUCGCCGGGUUUGAUGAGCGGGUGACAGUCAUGGCGUCUAUGCGAAGGCCCAAGCGCAUCAUCAUCCGUGGCCACAAUGAGAGGGAGCACCCUUUCCUGGUGAAGGGUGGCGAGGACCUGCGGCAGGACCAGCGUGUGGAGCAGCUCUUCCAGGUCAUGAAUGGGAUCCUGGCCCAAGACUCCGCCUGCAGCCAGAGGGCCCUGCAGCUGAGGACCUACAGCGUGGUGCCCAUGACUUCCAGGUUAGGAUUAAUUGAGUGGCUUGAAAAUACUGUUACCUUGAAGGACCUUCUUUUGAACACCAUGUCCCAAGAGGAGAAGGCGGCUUACCUGAGUGAUCCCAAGGCACCGCUGUGUGAAUAUAGAGAUUGGCUGACAAAAAUGUCAGGAAAACAUGAUGUUGGAGCUUACAUGCUAAUGUAUAAGGGAGCUAAUCGUACUGAAACAAUCACCUCUUUUAGAAAACGAGAAAGUAAAGUGCCUGCCGAUCUCUUAAAGCGGGCCUUUGUGAGGAUGAGUACAAGCCCCGAGGCUUUCCUGGCACUCCGCUCCCACUUUGCCAGCUCUCAUGCUCUGAUAUGCAUCAGCCACUGGAUCCUCGGGAUUGGAGACAGACAUCUGAACAACUUUAUGGUGGCCAUGGAGACUGGCGGCAUGAUCGGGAUCGACUUUGGGCAUGCAUUUGGAUCCGCUACACAGUUUCUGCCAGUCCCUGAGUUGAUGCCUUUUCGGCUAACUCGCCAGUUUAUCAAUCUGAUGUUACCAAUGAAAGAAAUGGGCCUUAUGUACAGCGUCAUGGUACACGCGCUCCGGGCCUUCCGCUCAGACCCUGGCCUGCUCACCAACACCAUGGAUGUGUUUGUCAAGGAGCCUUCCUUUGACUGGAAAAAUUUUGAACAGAAAAUGCUGAAAAAAGGAGGAUCAUGGAUCCAAGAAAUAAAUGUUGCUGAAAAAAAUUGGUAUCCCCGACAGAAAAUAUGUUACGCUAAGAGAAAGUUAGCAGGUGCCAAUCCAGCAGUCAUUACUUGUGAUGAGCUGCUACUGGGUCACGAGAAGGCGCCUGCUUUCAGAGACUAUGUGGCUGUGGCACGAGGAAGCAAAGAUCACAACAUUCGUGCCCGAGAACCAGAGGGUGGGCUUUCAGAAGAAACUCAAGUGAAGUGCUUGAUUGACCAGGCAACAGACCCCAACAUCCUUGGCAGAACCUGGGAAGGAUGGGAGCCCUGGAUGUGAGGUCUGUGGGAGUCUGCAGAUAGAAGGUGUUACAUUGUUUAAAGAAUCUACUAUACUUUGGUUGGCAGUAAUCCAUGAGCUGAUUUUCCUGAAGCACUAAAGAGAAAUCCCUUUCGUGCUACAGUUUUAUAGCAUGAGUUUAAAUCAAGAUUAUGAGUAAAUGUAUAUGGGUUAAGUCAAAGAUAAGGUUAUAGUAACAUCAAAGGUUAGGUGAGGUUUAUAGAAAGAUACAUAUCCAGGCUUACCAAAGUAUUAAGUCAAGAAUAUAGUAUGUGAUCAGCUUUCAAAGCAUUUACAAGUGCUGCAAGUUAGUGAAACAGCUGUCUCCAUAAACAGGAAAUGUGAGAAACCUUGGAAUGCCCUCUGGUUCUGGCACAUUGGAAAGCACACUCAGAAGGCUUCAUGGCCAAGAUUUUGGGAGAGUAAAGCUAAGUAUAGUUGAUGUAACAUUGUAGAAGCAGCAUAGGAACAAUAAGAACAAUAGGUAAAGCUCUAAUUAUGGCUUAUAUUUAGAAAUGACUGCAUUUGAUAUUUUAGGAUAUUUUUCUAGGUUUUUUCCUUUCAUUUUAUUCUCUUUUAGUUUUGACAUUUUACGGUAGAUUUGCUCUCUAGAAGGGAACGUCUUUAUUUAGGAGGGUAAAAAUUUUGGUCAUAGCAUUCACUUUUGCUAUUCCGAUCUACAACUGGAAGAUACGUAAAAGUGCUUUUUGCAUUGCAAAUUUGGGAUAACUUCAAAAAUCCCAUGGUUGAUGUUAGGGAUAGUACUAAGCAUUUUAGUUCCAGGAGAAUAAAAGAAAUUCCUAUUUGAAAUGAAUUCCUCAUUUGGAGGAAAAAAAAGCAUGCAUUCUAGCACAAGAUCAAAUUAUGGAAUACAAAAGUGGCUCCUUCCCAUGUGCAGUCCCUGUCCCCCCUGCAGUCCUCUGCACACCCGAACUGUUUCUGAUUGGCUUUUAGCUUUUUGUUGUUGUUUUCUCCUUCUAACACUUGUAUUUGGAAACUCUUCUGUGAUUUUGAGAAGUAUACUCUUGAGUGUUUAAUAAAGUUUUUUUCCAAAAGUA